CUAAACGAACAAAGCUAGUGCAAUCUGCAGCACCUCACUUCAGUCAGAUUAAUAUGUAUGUUCAUUUUACCGUCAGCGUUUAAUCGUUGAAAGUAAAAUUUUGGUAAUGAUAAUUUUUUGAUCUUUUCAUCAUAAAAUUGAAGUCGUAAUUGUUCGCAGAAGUCUACGUUACAGUUAAACCGAUGAUAUUGCAGAGGAGAGUGUUAAACUACUCGGAAGACAGAUUUUAACAUUUUAUGGCAUCAUUCAACGCGAAAAUGAACAGUAACGAAGAAAUGAAAACUUUGAAUUCGGGUAACCCAGCUUACAGCUAUGACGAGGUAUUCCCCGCAUUGCCUGGAGGCUUACCAGGAGGAAUCAAGGUGCAAAAUGGUCCAAAUCCUGUUAAUCAGGCGGUCAUCUUUAAUAAUCAGCAUAACAAGAUGAGGAUCAAUUCCACCGAAGUGACUCAGGUUUUCUGCGUGCCGGCCGAAGAACGAAAGUACGAUCAUAGUGAAAAGUUCGGCGAGAGCGAAUCUCUAAGGACUUGUACGCAAAUCAGUAAAGAAACCGGUGCUCGUAUUGAAAUCAGUACUUCGAAGGAUAAAUCGUUAACGUUCUUGAUUACUGGAAAGGUGCAAAGUGUGCAGGAAGCUCGUCGCAAAGUUUUGAUCAAUUUUCAAACUCAGGCAAAUAUCUCGAUCAGCAUCCCUAAAGAUCAUCAUCGUUGGAUUCUGGGUCAAAAAGGACAAAGAUUAAAGGAUUUGGAAAAAAAUACCGGAACCAAAAUAAGCAUACCGGCUAUCAACGAUCAGUCUGAUAAAAUCACCGUCGUUGGAACUCGAGAAAGUAUCGAAAAAGCGGUUCACGAAAUUCGUGUCAUUUCUGACGAACAGUCGAAGAAAGCAUUUGUCAGAGUGAGCGUACCGAAAAUCUAUCAUCCCUUCGUUACCGGCGCGAAUAACGAGAAAAUCAAUCAACUGAGUCACGAAACGAAUACCAGGAUCAAUAUACCUCCGCCUUCCGUCGAUAACACCGAAAUAACCAUAACUGGAGAAAAAGAAGGAGUAUUGAAUGCUAAAAAUCGAAUCAUGCAGAUAUAUCAAGAUAUGGAAAAAAAUUGUAAAAAUAUCAGCGUCGAAGUACCGAAAUGGCAACACAAAUACGUAAUCGGACACAAAGGCUCAACAAUGGCUGAAAUCUUGCAAGAAACCGGCGUCAGUGUAGAAGUACCUCCGGCUGACGUCGUCGGUGACACCAUCACUUUACGUGGACCGUGCCAAGUUCUCGGAGAUGCUUUGAAAUAUUUAUUCGCCAAGGCAACGAGUAUGCAAUGUGUGGAAAUCGAUGCUCCGUCUAAUAUCCAUAAAUUGAUAAUUGGUAAAAAGGCUGCGUUCAUUAAAGAUUUGCAGGAAACUUAUAAACAAUGUCACGUUGAAUUCAUCAACGGUAGUGAUAAAAUCAGAGUCGAAUGUUUACCAGACGUCAUAAACGAAGUGAAGCAAAAGUUGGAAGAAAGAGUUCAUUAUUAUUUACACGAGUACGCUACCGUUGAAAUCGAUGUCAAUCCGAAGCAUUUCAAACACAUUAUUGGCAAAAGUGGAGGAAAUGUGAACAGAUUAAAAAGUGGUAACGAUGUUUCGAUUACGAUCACCGACGACACUAAAAACUGUAUAAAAAUCGAAGGUGCUAAAGAUGACGUUGCUGUAGUCAAACGUGAACUAGAAGAACAAAUUAGAAAAUUGGAGAACGAACGAGAAAUUGAAAUUCACAUUGAUCAGAAACACCAUAGGACAUAUAGUGGAAAUAGACGCAGGGAAUUACAAGAUUUGUACAAAGUUAAUAUAAUUUUCCCGAAUGUUGGUGACACGAGCGAUGUAGUGAAAAUCAAAGGACAGAAAGAAGACGUCGAUAAAUGCAAAGAAUAUAUUCUGAAAUCGGUUAAAGAAUUGGAUGAAAAUAGCUACACUUUGAAAGUACCGAUUUACAAGCAGUUCCAUAGGUUUGUGAUCGGACGUGCUGGAGCCAAUAUUAAAAAGAUACGCGACGAUACGACUACUAAAAUCGAUCUGCCAUCGGAAGGAGAUAAAAAUGAUUUGAUUACUAUUACGGGUAAAAAGGAAAACGUCGAAGAAGCUCGAGAUCGAAUUCUUAAAAUACAAAAAGAAAUGGAAUUGGUUCAUGGAAUAACGGAAGAAGCGUCUAAACCGAAACCAGAAGCUGUUGCUACUAACGAGAAACCCCAACCGACUAUAACGAUUGAAAUCAAAGCUAAACCGGAACACCAUAAAUUUUUAAUCGGCAAAAGUGGACUGAAAAUUAAAAAGGUGCGUGACUUAACCGGUGCCCGUAUUACUUUCCCGAAUGAAGGCGACGAAGAUAAAGAACGUAUUAUAAUCCAAGGUAGAAAAGACGCCGUCGAACGAGCAAAGGAAGAAUUAGAAUCGAUGAUUGACCAGAUCAAUAAUACCGUCGAAGAAGUCGUACACGUGAAUCCGAAAUAUCACAAGCAUUUCAUCAGUAACCGCGGAGAGCUUAUUCAUAAAAUUAGCGAGGAUUGCGGAGGUGUUACCAUAUCAUUCCCCCGACUGUCUAGCGCUGGACCCAAUGAAUCCAAAGUUAUCGUCAAGGGUAAACCGAACGGUGUCAAAGAAGCUAUUAAAAGGAUUGAACAAGAAGUACAGGAAUUGGAUAAAUUAGAAGACGAAAUACAUGUAGCGCCUCGACACCAUAAGCAUUUUAUGUCGCGUAAAGGUAGAGUCUUACAAAGUAUCGUACACGAAUGCGGUGGAAGUGACCGGGUCACGAUAUCUUUUCCUCGAAUCGAUAUUAAAGACUCGAGAGUGGCUUUGAAAGGAUUAAAAGAUGCCGUACAGUUAGCUAAAAGAAGAAUUUUUGAAAUAGUGAAAGAUUUGGAAGAACAGAUUACGAUCGAAGUUUACAUACCAAAUAGAGAUCACAAGGUUUUAAUCAGAUCGAGAACGCCACCCACGAUCAGUGAUAUCGAAAGACAGAACAAUGUUAAAAUAUCGUUUGCAGACAGGAUCAGCGGAGAUAAUUAUCAGCAAAAUGGAAUUUCUGAAAUCAACGGACACGCCGAAGAUAAAGAUCAGGCCAAGCCUUGCGACAUUGUUUAUAUUACCGGUAAACCAGAAAAUUGCGAGAGUGCAAAGCAGAGUCUUCUAGAUAUUGUUCCAAUUACUUUAGAGCUUAAUAUACCUUAUGGCUAUCACGGUUCGAUUAUCGGACCAAGCGGGAAACAUAUCCGCGACAUUAUUAAUGAGCAUGACGUACAAGUGGACGUACCUCAGAUAGACAAGAAAUUAGAUUUAAUUAAAAUAAGAGGCAGGCCUGCAUCUGUAGAAAAGGCGAAGGAAGCAAUUCUCAGGAGAAAGAAGAAAAUCGACGACGAACGAGAAGAAAAAGAACUGAGAAGUUACGUAGUGCGGUUGGACGUAGAUCCGGAAUAUCAUCCGCAAAUAAUCGGACGUAAAGGCGAAGUUAUCAAAAAGAUAAGAAAUGACCACAACGUCACCAUAAGUUUACCCAAAAAGGAAGAUCCCGAUAAUAUCAUAUCAAUUACCGGUUUACAACAAGAUGUAGAAGCCGCGAAAGAGGAUAUCCUCAGUAUAGUUCAACGUUUGGAAAGUCGAUAUCGCGAAGAAAUCAACAUCGAUCGUCGCGUCCAUCCUAGAAUGAUCGGAGCUAAAGGUCGACAAAUCAGAAAGAUAAUGGAAGAGUUCGACGUUGAGAUCAGAUUCCCUCGCAAUACAGAUGCUGAUCCCAAUACCGUUGUGAUAUUCGGCGACGAAGAUAAGAUCGCUGAUUGUAAAGAUCAUCUGUUGACUUUGGAAGAAGACUUUCUUCAAAACGUUCACGAUGACGUGAAAGCGCCAAGUACCGCGGAUACGAUAUUCGACGGCGGAAAUACUCGUAAUAAUCGCGACGAAGCCGGAUUCGUCGUGAAAAAUGCCCCUUGGGAUCAAAAAGCACCAGAUACGAGCAGUAUUGCGGAGUUUCCGUCUUUCGGAGCCGUCGAUAAUAGUAAAACUUUCGCUCAGUUAGGGUCCGAAUCGAAACCUGCUUGGGGGCCACGGCGUUAGUGCCUUAGUGCCUUUUUAUUUAUUUAUUUUUUUUCUUAAAUUAGGGUCCUUUUUUCUUUUUCUUUUCUCUUUUUUUUUUUGAAAUUAAAUUAUUUAAUACAUAAUAACUUCCAUUUUAGAAAUAGUACCGUCGUUGACUGACCAAUGAUGAUUUUUCAAAAAGAUCUUGUACAUUUUAUAUAUCGCGUGCGUAGUGAGAACGUUUUUGCAGGGAUUUAAAUGUCUUGUUUUCGAUGUACCUAACUAUUACGGAAAUAAUAAUUUUAAAAAUGAAAAAAAAAAGAAUUUACGUCUACGUAAUUUUUUUCUCUUAAAAUUAAAUUUUUUUAGUAUAUUAAUAAUUCAGUUAUUUAAAUUUAUUGUUUCUUGUAAUAUUUAUUUAUAUAUGAUUUUUCCUUUGUCGAUGAAUAUUUUCUGUGAAAAGUACUAUGAAUCUUGAAGAAUGAAGAUAUGUUCGCUUUUUUUUCAUUUCUUUUCCCUGUGAAAUAAAUUAGUCGUUCGUUGCCUUUGGCGUAGCAUAUUUUUACCAUGUAUUUAUUACCUUAAUAAUUUUUUUUUUCUCCUUUAUUUAUUUUUUAAAAUGAGUUUAUUAUUGUUAUGCAAUGUUUCGUAUAAUCGUUCGAGCACACCAUUUUUGAUAUUUCAUUUUAACAGAAUAUUGUUUAGUAUUUAUUCUCCCUGUAUUUUUGUUUUCUUCUUUUUUUGCGAAUCAAACCGAGUUACGCUCGCAAAAUGUUUGUUUUGACGGUUUAUUUCUCUUUUUUCCUUUUUUUUUUUUUUUUUGUUACUUACCUGUUGUUUACAUUUGUACCGUGUACAUGUACGUGCUUUUAAAAGAAUUUUUAUCGAUGAAAUGUAAUUUAUGAUGAUGAAAAAAGAAAAUAAACAAGAUAUGUUUAUUACAUUGAGUAAUACGAUAAAUCGAUGUGAAUAUGGAUUAAGAUGCGAGACGUGAUCAUGAGUGAUGCAGGUUUGCAGUGCUGAAUUUCUUCUUUGUUGCCUAGCGGUAAAUAAAUCUUCUCGAUGUAGAGAUUAAUUUUACGAUUUUUUUUUCAUUUAAUUAAUCGCGUGAGAUUUCUACUUCGUGACUUGUAUAUUACUUUUAUAUUUUUAUUGUAGUUUUGUUUUCCGUGAUAAUUCGUAUGUAGGCCUGUGAAUUAUGUGAAAAAUUGAAACAAUUAACAAAAUCGUUUAAAAUAAAUUUGAUUUUUUUGAGAUUGA